CGCCCGUGUUCGCACAACGCAACCGAGCGCCGACCACACUCGACAGCAUUCGGUCUCCGGCGCGCGCGAUCGUCCGGUUCGUACACACACAUAAAAAUUUAAUCGUCGAGUUAAAAAUUAUUUCGUUGAUAUUAAAACAACGCUCAGAUUCCGAUAUCCGAUCCUACCGCAAAAGGAUUAACAUAACCGCGUCUGCCGGUAAUAACAUAAUAAAUCCAAGUAGCAACGUACGUGUUAUCGCGAUAGUGUUUCCGAUUGACAUCGUUCGCUGAAGGAUUGCCACUGCUGACGGAUAAGAAAACAAGGGAUUCAAACCGGUGAUGGGGAAUAAUAAUCGACGCACCGCCAACAGAUUGUGAUUAUUACCACGGGAAGUGGCAGGGGCGGAGGGGGAGGAAGAGGCGGUUCAGUUUUAUCAUCGGCAGCCGGAAAGCAUUCCAAAGUGCGGCAAGUUCCCAAAGAGCAGCGCAACGGCCGCUACCAUGCGAGUGACACAACCGUUCCUUUGCGCCCUGUACGUGGCCACCGCCGGUCAUCAGGGCAACCUCCUCGGAUCCGACGAACAGGAGAUCGUCCUUCUCAUUUACGUCGUCAUCGACAUGGCCACCAACACGAUCGUUGGUAUACAACAGUAUUUGGUGAAGCCAACAGAAGUUGACCAAAAUGAGAACAUGUUAUCUGAUCAGGUUACCUCGGACAUAGGUAUCACUGAGAAAAUGGUCAAGACAUCUGGCAUUCCUCUACAGAACGCCAUUGAAAAGUUCGACACUUAUGUCAAGUCAUUGAAUAUCGAGCCACAGGCUCCCAUGUUUCGCCUGGUGACCGAUGGACAACUACCUAUCCGACAGUGUUUACACAGGGAAGCGUCCAUUAAAGACAUCGAACUACCCGAAUACUACAAUGUAUUCCACGACCUACGGAAGGACUUCUCCAAGUUCUACAACGCUCCCCAAGAUCAAGCUUUUAAUUCGAUCGCGGAUUUGGUGAACUAUUUAGAAAUAACGCACGAAGUCGAUGCACAGUUUUACGUGGCCGAAGUCAAAGAUAUGGUCAACAUCGUUCAAAGGCUCAUCAGUGACGGUCACACGUUCAACUCUCCAGAAACCGUACAACUAAAACUGGAACCCGGUAUAUGCUGGAAAAAUGAAGAAGUAGAUAAUAACUGUGUAGUCAGAGCCAGAGGUUUGCCUUGGCAAUCCUCCGAUCAAGAUAUUGCCAAGUUCUUUCGAGGCUUAAACAUCGCUAAAGGUGGCGUUGCUUUGUGUUUAAGUGCGCAUGGUCGUCGUAACGGUGAAGCAGUGGUCCGAUUUGUGAACCAAGAACAAAGAGAUAUGGCCAUGAAGAGACACAAGCAUCAUAUUGGAAGUCGUUAUAUUGAAGUGUAUAAGGCAAAUGGUGAAGAUUUUAUUAAUGUCGCUGGAGGCAAUAGUAGUGAAGCUCAGGCUUUUCUUACCAAAGGUGCCCAGGUAAUAGUAAGAAUGAGAGGUUUGCCUUAUGAUUGCACGGCUAAAGAUGUUAUCACAUUUUUUGAAAAUGGUGAACAAGCUUGUUCCGUAAUGGACAGUGAAGAUGGUGUUUUAUUUGUUAAAAAACCUGAUGGUCGUGCUACGGGUGACGCAUUUGUAUUAUUUGCUGAUGAAGAUGAUGCCCCAAAAGCCCUUAGUAAGCAUAGAGAUCUUAUUGGAACUAGGUACAUAGAACUGUUUCGAAGCACUACAGCUGAAGUGCAACAGGUAUUGAAUCGUGCAAUGGAUCCAACUGUACGAUCUACAGCUAGUGACAAUAAUGGUAAUAUCACAACACCUGUGACAACUACAGCGGGUGUUAAUAAUUCUCCAACUGCACUUCUUGGCCAUGUUCCACUCCUACCAUUGCCACAACACGUGAUAACCAGUGGAACAAGAAAGGACUGUAUACGUUUACGAGGAUUACCUUAUGAGGCAAAUGUUGAGCAUAUUCUUGAAUUUCUAGGAGAGCAUUCCAAAAAUAUAGUAUUUCAAGGUGUACACAUGGUAUAUAACUCUGUGGGGCAUGCUUCUGGGGAAGCGUUCAUUCAAAUGAACAAUGAAGGCAGUGCAGCCCAAGCAGCUAUGGCAAAACACCAUAACUAUAUGUCAUUUGGAAAGAAACAACGAUAUAUUGAAGUUUUUCAGUGCUCAGGGGAAGAUAUGCAUCUGGUGUUAACUGGCGGAAGUGCAGCUACUGGUGCUUUGUCUCCAGUAGCCGCUAAAGCUCUAUUAUCUCCACCUGGUGGACCUUUGAUGUCUUCUCCACCGUUUGUACCACCAACAACUAAUUUCUCUCCAUUUACAGGACCACCACCUUUAAUUGGACACCAACCACCUCCCACUCUUGGUGCUCCUUAUCCGCCUAUAUUAUAUUGGCCUUACCCAUCACCCCCCAUAUCUCCUCCACAUCAACCACCAGCUUUACUAAUAAUGCAAGGUACUCCACCUUUGGCUCCACCACCUUCUAUAGAUAUGUGUAAUCUCAUACAUUCAAUGUCUGAGUGGAAUAUUGAUUAUUUACAGCAAAAUCCUCAAUUUUGUGCUAUGAACGUAGGUCCAAUGGGAAUGCACUCAGCUGCAGCUUAACUUCCCUUUAAAAUAUUUGAAUCAAAAUGUUGAUUCAUUGAUUGAUUACCCACCAAAGACCAAGUCAUAUAGUAGCAUUAGAAGGCCGUGUACUUAAAAUAAAUUUUUAGUUUUUUUUAAAUACUAUUAUUUUUUCUCUGAAAUAUGAUAUUAUGUUACUAUUUUAAAACAAUUUAUUAAAUUUUCAAUGUAUAAAGAUUCUUAGAAAGUAUAGUCAACAAAUAUCAUAGUUGUCUUCCAAAAAUAAAAAUUUAGUUAUAAUAUGUGAGUACAUAUUGACAAAACUCGCAUCAAUUAGUAUGAUUGUUUAUUUUCUGUAUGUUUGUAUAUAAAAUGUUGUAUUUAUAACAAUUGAUACUUGUGAAUUAUACUUAUUAUAAUCUCAACAUAAUUCUAUUAUUUUUACCAAUUUAGUAUUUUCAUUUUAUAAAUUUUUAACUUUAUGUUGCCUCCACUUAAAAUUUAUGUACUUAAAAUUAAUUUUAGUAUAAAAUUAAAUUUCAGUUACUUGUUUUUGUUUUGUUUAUUUUUUUCUUCUUUAUGUAUUGAAAUUUGAAAUUCAAUCAAAUUUUAUUCUACUGGUUUAACAAUUACAUAGUAAAGUUCAUAAUAUUAAAAUAACACGCACACAUUUAAAAUAAUUUCAGUGUGUUAAAUUUUUUUAUUCAAUAUUUUGUAUGUUGUUAAAAAUAUAUUAGAGUAUAUUAAAUAUUUUUCUCAAAUCUUUGCACAAUUAAUAGUUAUCCAAAUUUAGGGCCAACAUUUUUCUUGUUUUAUUUUUCUAGAAUGUAGUGAGAUUAAUUUAUUUUUUCUAUUUAUUUGGAUUGUUUAUUAAUUAAUAUAAAAAGCCAAUUUUAGGUUAAAAUCUAAUUGGUGCUAAGGCAACAUAAUAAUGUUAGUUAAUGAAUCACAUUUUUAUGUUAAAAUUGUAGUAUUCAGUUAUAGAUCUCGAACGUUCAUUUUAAAUUAAAUUUAAAAAAACAAUAGUAAAGUUUAAAAUAUAAUCAAUAUAAUAUAAGAAGUGUUUUAGUGCAAUCUUAUAUAAUUUUAUUUUUAAUUUAGAUCUCAAAAGUAAAAUUAUAGAUAUAAAAAAAUUGUAAUUGUUAGUUUCUUAUUCAAUAGAAUUUUCACUAUUGAAUAACAUGUUAAAAUUGGACAUUUCAUUAUUAUUAUUUAGUGAAAUAUUAGUGACAACAAUAAAUUAAGACAUUUUUCUUCUAUUAUAAUCUUAUACAAUGGCACAAUAUCAAUUGGCUUAAAUGAUUUUAUUUAUAGAUCUGAUGUUCAAUUUUAGUAAGUAAUUUGUUAAAAAAAAAAAUAUAUAUAUAUAUAUAGUUUUGACUAAUAAAAAGAGCAAUAUUUGUUACCACUUAAAAAAGUGAAAAUUUUGUUUUAUCAAGUAAAUUUAAUUAAAUGUGGACAUACAAAUUGUAACUUAAGUUGUAUUCAUAUAUAUUUAUAUUUACUUAUACAUUAAUGCUGUUGAUUUUUAAACUAUUUAUUCAAUUCUAUUUUUUAAGUUUUUUUUGUCUUUAUAAUUAAAUGAAUAUAAAAACUAAAUUUAGUAGUAUGAAAAAGUUUGAAAUAUUUUGAUAAUUACUGUUGCUAUUCAAAUUAUUAAAGUAAAUUAUAAAAUUUAAUUUGUUUUCAUAAAAUAUUGAAUUAAAUAAUAUUUAUCUAAACUGGUUUAUUAUCUUGUUAUAAGUCUUACAUAAUUCAGUAUUUGAUUAUAUUUGUUGAUAGUUAUUGAUAUAAUUUAUAUAAAUCAAUGAAUAAUCUUAAUAGGUGUGCAAGUCACAUUUCUAAAAAUUAGAUAUUUUAUUGUUAAGCAAUCUUUAAUAUCUGCAAUUUAUUAUAAAACAAAUUAAAGAGCUCCAUCGCCCCCAAAGAAUAUUUUUAAAUCUAUUAUGUUAUUAAUUGUAUCAACACUCAAACCUCUAACAUUAAAUAUUUUUAAUUAAUAUAAAUUGUUUUUUAAAUUCUUAUUCGUGUAUAAAAGUUAAAAUUUUAAAUAUAUUAUAGUUAUUAUGUUAUAAAAUAUUUUUCAUUUCCAGAAUAAAUCUUAAUAAUAGUUCA